CUGCCCGUGGUGCACGAGUGCAUCUGCCGUCGUAUCUAAUCUCGCUCUUGCUGCUUGAGAUGCGUCUUUCUUAGUUUCCCGUGCUUUCCCCAGGGACGAUGUUUGCGCGUAAGGUGGUCCCACCGAAUCGGCAGGAGCCCAACAACUUCAUCAACUGCGAGAACCUCAGCCCUCUCGAGAAGGCCAAGCGGUUUUCGUCCAGCAAGUUGCCGCUCCAGCGGCUGGUGCUGGUUCGGGAGCUCGUGGACAUCGCACAUGAGGUCGGCUACGACAACACGAUGCAGCACUUGGUGCCCAUACUCAAAACUCUCGCCACCGACGCGGAGAACGUGGUGCGGCAGACACUCGUGGGACAGAUCGGCGAUAUGGCGGGCUUUCUCAUCCAGUCGGACCCCGAAUCAGGGUGAGCUGAGGUGGUCCGAACGAACAGCUGCGUGACGUGAGCGACACGCGCUCAACCGCGAAUAUCGGUGUGUUUGUGUGCAGGUAUGACCGUGUAGUUGAUGUGCUGUUGCCCCUGGUCCGCGACCUCUUGAGUGACCGCGCCAGUGAGGUUCGGCAGAGUGCGUGUGACACGCUGUUCAUCCUCUCAAGCCACCUCAGACCAAAGGUCAGCUGACGGGGGGACCGAUGGUCGGGUCGCGAAGAGAAAUUGAAAGUCACCUGCGUCUCCUCUCUGCCGUCGGGCUGGGCUGCAGGAGCGCGGCACUGUGAUAUUGACGACAGUGUUGACUUUGGCGCACGACCCUGACGAUGAGGAGGCGAGAGGCCUGGCGGUUUUUCUCCUCAACGGACUGGCAGAGACCCUCGGCCGCGAGCUGUGUCGGCAGUUCGUGUCGAUGGAGCUGCUCUGCCUCAGUGAGGACCCCGCCUGGAAAGUCAGGAAGGCCACGGCAUCCAAUUUCAUCGAGGUGGGUGGGUCGGGGGUGGGUCAGGAGGGCGGCGAAUGAGAGGCCUCCAAUAAAGAGAGGUCUUUUGUUGUCGUCCGUGUUGUUUGUUUGUGUCGCGACAGGUGUGUAAGGUGGUUGGUCGCGAGUUUGCCGCCAGUCGGCUGAUCCCUGCUUUCAACCAGCUGGCACAGGACUCUGUGUGGGGCGUCCGGAAGGCAUGUGCCGAGUCGUUGCUCGGCGUGGCGCAGGUAUUGAAGACAUACAGGAUGGGAUAUAUGCGAAUACGGGCUCCCUCCAGCACAGCCGGGCGGAGACGGAUGGAUUGAUGCGAUCGAUGCGUGUGUUGUGUUGUGUUGUGUUGUGUCAGGCCGUUCCUCUGGAGGUCCGCCGUGGGCCUCUCGUCCACAUAGUGCAGGCGCUGCUCCACGACGAAGCGAGGUAGACACCACACCACACCACACCAACACACCAUCAACCCAACCAGCAUUCAAGGUAUGACGCUGCUGCAUCCUGUCCUCAUCCUACCAUCUUGGUAGGAUGGUCAAGACGGCGACCCUGCAGCAGCUGGGUCCCUUCUUGACGACUCUGGCGGCCAACCCCGUCCCCACCGACGCCACCGACCUGCAGGCCCACCUCAAGGCCACCUACCCCCGCGCACUCCUGCCGCCCCUCACACCGCCCACUGCCACCGUCUCACCCGCGCUCACGGGAUCUCCAGCCGCACCACAGCCGGGUGGUGACCAUGACCACCCACAGGUGGUAGCAGAACAGCUGCUCAAGAAGGAAGGCGAUGCCAGCGGCAGCAGCAGCAGUAUCAGCAAGCCACCAGAGGAAGACCAGGGGACCACCACUGAUGAGUGCGCGGUGCCGCUGCCCUUGCUGGAGGCGUACCUGUCUCUACCCUUUGUGCGUCUUGGUUCGGGGUCGUCCAUGUCCAGCGACGGUAGUCCUGCUGGCGGCAGUGGUGGGGGCAUCGGGUCGGAUAGCCCCCCUGCCGCACCAACGCGGCGGGGCGGCGGGGUCGGCGCACGCAAGACGAUCGGCAAGGCGGGAGGCAGCCCAGGAGGGGAGGCGACCGGCGGAGGGAACACAGCUGCCAAUGGUACCAACCAACGACAAGACAGCAACGCGCCUCGAGGUCGAUCCAUUCAUUACAUCUGUCUGUUUGUCUGUUGUGUUGUCUGUCGUUCUGUCUUUCUCAGUUGAGGCCGCGUCAUGGUGCGCGUAUUCGUUUGCGGGUGUAUUGCUGACUGCGGGUGCGGCCCACUGGCCCAUGAUGGGCCACGCAUUCCGCCGGUUGGCACGGCACACCAGCCCCCGGGUCCGCAAGCCCCUCGCCGCAUCUCUCCAUACCAUCGCACACAUACUCGCCAGCCACUACAAGGUCGACAUGGCCAACAGCAAGAACACCCAAGAUACGGACGAGGCGACAGAGGAGCAGCAGCCGGCCAGCGAUGAUGUGCCAGAGAAGGAGGGUCAGGAGAGUGCUCUCGAGCCGCCUGAGGUGACCACACAGACCACCGAGAAUCCGCCAGCAGAGGCGGGGGAGAAGGAGGGCCCGUUGAAUGAGGAUGACGACGAUCGGUGGAGCGUGGACCGGUUCCAGAUGGACAGCGACUCGGCAGACGAGGGCGACAACGGCGAUGAGGACGAGAGUGGACUGACUGAGGACGAGCGGAGGCAGCGGGGGUGGCGCAGGAGCCUGGCCCUGCUGACCGAGACGCUCGACGGGCUCCUCCACGACCCAUCCCCCGACGUCAAGGUGAGUGAGAGGGGAGACGAGACGUGUGGAUACAUACGUACCACACGCCGCCAUGCCAUGUGUGUGGUCGUGCUGUGCUGCUGGUGCACUCACUGCAGUUGGCGGCCUUGUCGGGUUUGAGUGACAUCCUCAAGGUCAUGCCCAGUGGCCCACAGAGACUCAAAUACAUUGGGGUAGCUACGAAUAAGCGGAAGCACCGCAUCAGACCAGAUGGCACCAAUGCAGCUCGGUCUGGCCAUCCAUCUCAGGUUUUGGGUGAGUUGUUGCUGCGGGCUCGGCACAACUGGCGGAUUCGGGAAAGUGUCGCACAGCAGAUGGCCGUAAGAAGUCUUGCAGCACGAGACGAGACUCACAUGUGACAGUGUCCGUGUCAGUCAGUCAUUACAUGUUUGUUGCUGUAUGUGUGUGUGUAUAGGGCAUGUGUGAGCUGGUGGCUGACACGACCAUCGUUCGACACGAAAUACUGCCGCUCGUCAUCAAGUAAGUAAUUCAAAAGAGACACACAUCGCAUCGCAUCGCAUCGCAUCUAUCAUCAUAUCCUGGUGCUUAUGGUGCUGUGUGUGUGUGUCGCCUCCCUCCCAUCCAGGUUGUGUCAGGACUCGGUCGCCGCCGUCCGCAAAGCCGCUGUUGCCUGCAUCCCGCUCGUCCUCAAACAUGCCUGCCCCGACCUGUGGCAGUAUUUUUCCACUCGCGGACAAGUGCCACUGUCAGAGCUGCUCAUGAACGCCAGACCCCCACCCGCCCCACCCUCAGAACCAUCAGACACCCGCAGUGGGCCCUCGUCCACAGCGACAGGAGCAUCAUCCGAGCAGCAGGCGGUGGCCAGGCCGAGCAAGCCAUCGCGGCCGCCCCCACCUUCCCGGCACCGUCCACCGCCGAGGGAGCCGCCCCCUCGGCCGCCUGUGCCGAGACGGAUCGACGAAAGGCCCAAGCGUGAUGACAGACGGCCGCCAGCGCCCCCGCGUGAGGCGGAUAGGGACAGGAGAAGCAGGGGCGACGGUGAUGUCGUGGCAAGGGGCGAGGAGAGGCGUGGCAGCGGGUUUGUGGGGUCGUGCCCUCCGCCGCUGACCACAGGGCCCGAGGUGGCGGUCAUUUGGAUACUCCUCAAGACAUUCGCAAGGUCAGAUAGUCAACAAGAGAAUGAAUGUCUCGAUCCCAUUGAUUGCACUCACUGCACAUGAUGGUUUGCCUGCCUGCCUGCCAUUUGUUUGUUCAGGAGCACGACGUUCCACCAGCGUCAGACGUUCAUCCACAUGUGCGACCUGAUCAUCCGCGAGGCGCCCCGUGGCAUCUUCCAGCUCUACUUCCUGCGGCCCCUGGCGCGCCUCUCGGGCGACCCCGUGCCCAACGUGCGGGGCGUGUGGGCGACAACCAUGGCACUGCAUGUCAGGGAAACCGGCAGACUCGGCAGAAACGCACUGGUCAGUAUAGUGAGCCUUGCAGGGAGGAAGGAUGGAUUGAACACAAUUAUGACUCCUUUCUUUCUCUGUGUGUGUCGGGGUCAGAUGGUGUGUGCUGCCUUGAGCAUGGCUGGUGUGGACGGCGACCGUGAGGUCAAGCGGGUGUUUUCUGGCGUGCCGUUCGUCAAGGAGAGGGAGUUGGAGGCGGCUGACGGCUUCGACAUCGAAGACCUCACUCCACGGCAAAUCAGCCCACUCCCAUCAGGUACCUACAAGACGGACACAGCACAGCACAGCACAGCACAGCCACCAACACAUGGAUCACUCUCCCUGCCGUCUAUAAUGCAAUCGCAGUGUCUGAUCGGGGGGCCCCUGGCACAGGCGAGAGCGAGGACUCGGACGCCGGCAACGCAGACUGGGAAGGAGACGAAGACCACGGAGGAUUCGGCGGCCCCGGCGCCACAGGAGGACCCACGGCCCUCCAGAAUGCUGCUGUGCCCGCCGGACCAUCGCAAGGACCCCCUCCGCAACCUGACGGAGCUCCCGGCUCGCCGCCACCACCCCCUCCCUCACCGCCACUCGUGGACUUCCUGGAGGCCCACCCACUAUCGAAUCGCAUGGAGGACAAGGACGGCUCCCCAUCCACAGCGGGGUCAGCAUCGUGCUCGUCGACGGAGGGCAACAGCCCUGGCCUGACUCCACCGCCCAAGCCGCCCGGCCCCUCGCCCACUCUGCCGCUGGAUGGAGUGGCGGGGCCAGGGCGGGUCGCCAGCGACGUCAAGCUGCCGCCAUCCGUUGAUGACAGCCCGACAGAGGACGACAGCAAGGCGGCCGCGUCACACGCCCAUUCCCCUUCCGAGCCAGCACAGUCCAGCACCAGUCUGGACGACUUGGAUUUUGUGCCCCGUCCGUCAGAGAGGUUGUCGAUUGGCAACGGCGAUGCACCCGAGUUGUCCAUGACACGAUCGGCCAGGUGUACAUCGCCCCCACUGGGCCAGGGGGGCGAGGGCGAUGGGCCGAUGCCCCUCGGCCUCGACAGCCUGCGGGACGGCAGCGACAGGCCGCUGGACAGGACACCGCGGCCAUCUGUCGACGGCUCGUCAUCCCCCCCCUUCGGUGCGGGGGAGCCUGAGAGCGAGGAAGCGCCCGAGCUGAUCCGCGAGAUGAACGAGGUGCCCAAGCUGUCGCUCUCGCGGCGAUCGGUGGGCGGCCUGGGCGGCGACGGUAGCAGCCCCAACAUGAGGGGCAGGAGCAGCCCCACUGACAGGGAGGGCAGGGGCGGGUCAUCACGCGGCGACAGCCCUGGCAGUGGGUCGGGCACCUCCCCGUUCUUUCCAAUGCUGAUGCCUGACGAGCCAUUGCGGGAUCGGGAUUUCUCACUCAUGGCCAGGGGCGGUGGGCCAUCGUCAAGCAGCCCCACCAGAAGACGAGGCAGCACGAGCGACGCCUCUCCUCGCAAGGGGUCGUCCCCGCCGUCCAGCAAUCGCAAAGGCUCAGGUACCCCCCGGCCCGCUCCACCCGCAACAGCACCACUGCAUCAGCAGGACAAACAGCUGAGUACCUCUCCGCCUUAUCUGAACUCGUCAGCUCUCGCACUCACGCCGCCGUCCCUUGCCCUGCCAGACCUGGCCGCAUCGCAGCUGCAGCGAGCCACACAAGCCGCCAAGGCAGCUGAGGCCUCUCUCCCAAGGUACCCGCCAUCGCCCACCAACGCCCUCUCACAACAACAGCAACAGCCCGACCGGCUGUCGCCCACGAGACGCGUUCCGGCGCCCCCGCCGGCCGUCUUGUCGUCUGAUGCACCACCGUCUCCUGCUGCCCCAGGUCGGCACAGCCACCCCGCCAUCACCCCUGAUGGCAGACAAGAGCGGCCGCAAGCAUCAUCAUUAUCGACAUUACCGUCGAUGAGUGCCGAUGCAGUAGAGGGAGCCGAGGGGCAGCGGGGCAGUGUGGUGAGCACCGAUGAAAGUAGUGGGCCGAGUAGCGGGAAGCGGAGUGUCGACGGGGUGGAGCGAGGGGCGGGGGAGGACGAUAAACAGGGCGAUGAGUGAGUGAGUUGAGUGGGUAAUAGAUCGCGUCGAUCGACUUAUGGCCUGCCUAUUUGUCAAGGAAAUAUUGGAAGCGUGUUGUGCAUGUGAUGUGGCUGUCUUUUCUUCCCUUCUGACCACUCCCGUGACGACGUCGCUCGCGCAUCGAGUCAGGGAGCGUGUGAUAUCGUUGCCUGGAGUGGCUUGAAGAGAAGAAGGGAAAGGCACCGCUGUUCGGUUGACCCAUUGGAUGGAUGGAUGGAUGGAACCGGCAGUUUUGUUCAUGGUUAGACAGACACACAUGUUUGGCGAUCGAUGCUCAAGAGUACAUCAGUAAG